GAUAAUAAAGCUAACCUUGAACCUUUUGGCCUCCUCCCAGUGCUCCGAAUAUCUUUCCCCUCAGUCUUUAUUAUUUCCCAACAGACCCCGCCCAAGCUUGUCAAGGUUGAAUAACAGCAUUGUGUACCGCAAAGUUUCUGUUUCUCAGUUAUUCUUUGAGCAGAGUGGGAAGUGAUCAUUUCAAUGAAAUGGAGCAUGUUGUGUUGCUGCUGGUUCUUGUUGCUCCCGUGGUUUACUGCUAUAGUUCAGGUCUAGUUAUGGAUAGCUGUAAAGACAUGCGACCACACCACUCUGGAGUGAGCCCGCAGACAGAUCCUGCACCCUUUAAUGUCACUACAGACAACAACAAGUACACACUUGGAGAGGUGGUGACAGGUAAGGAUUAGACUAAUCUCUAAUGGGUUAAAAUGCAAAUAUAGUAAGGUAGUCAAUCAAUUAAAAAAAAAACAAGUCUGAAUCCAUCUUCUGCACUUCAAUGAUUUGUUUCUUUUUUUCUGUUUUUAUUGUCAUCGCAAAUUCAGCACUUUGGGUUUCCAAAGCUAGAAAUUAAAUCUAUUACUAAGAUAGUCAUGUAACAUUUGAUUGCUCAUUAAAUCAAUCACUCUAAUAUUAGAGAAUUUUUCGUUUUUAUAUUGAUAAAGUGAAAAACGAGUAAGACUCCUGCAGCUGAUGGUCUCCUAGCUGUAAAGACUGGCAGGGGGCUCAGGAGGAUCAUCGGCAGCAGCCGCUGUGCUGGAAAUGCUUUCUCAGCCUAACUUUCAGACAGUAUAAUGAAGACAAGAUGGUCUUCCUUAUUAGCCGAUACUGAUUGCCACUGGAUAACUAAUAGGCCGAUAUUAUCUGCUGGCUGAUGAAUCGGUCGGGCUCUAGUUAAAACCUUUGUUAUUGUAAACAUAAUACAUUGUCUAAUAGUUUGAAUGAUGAGGGAAACAGAACGAGGACAAAACUAAACUGUAUAUUUAUGACUGUAUGUACUUUUUAAAAAUAUAAUUAAAUUGUUUUGGAAUAAAAAAAACUGUUCUGAAGGUCUUCAGCCUCACCUGUUACCUCCUCCACCUGCCUUCCCAAGAAUUCUAGUCUGUUACGCUUUUGAUGGUUUUUGUGUUGCCUUUUACUGUUUUUCCCAGUGACUGCAGCCGUCUCUUUUAUAUCUGUCCCGCUCGCUGGCUGGUUUCUUAGAUUUCUUUGCCAAUCGUGAUUUCUUUGUUUGUGCAGCGGUCUCUGGAGAUAGCCUAACUUGUAAGAGUAAACCACUUCUAACAUCCAGCUGGUCCUCCAGGGAUCUACGUGCAUAUGAGUGCAUUGAGGAGUGAUAAUCCUCAUUCAUGUCCAUAAUGUUUGAAUAAGAAAAAUAAAUAAAUAGGUGCAAAAAAAGAGUUCUUCUUGUCCCUCCUGGACCUCCCAAUGGCCAUCCCACCCCGGAAAUAGGAGAGGUGUUGUUGAACCCAGCUCACCUGCACUUAAAGCUAUAGGAACAUGGUGUUCUGAGCAGGGCUGGAGUAGAGAGGUUUAUAGGCAUGAUCAAAUACAGGAUAACUAAAUCACUAUUCUGUGUACCUUGAAUUAAAGUUUUAUAAUGUAACAUAUGAAACAUUUUCUCCUUGCAACAGUAGAACCUCACACCUUCAGCUCUCCCUUUCCUUUGCACACAUACAAUCAACUACCAACCAUUCCCCAUCUACCCUGUUAUGUGGAGGCAAAUGGAACACGCGUACACCUGUGGCCUCCUCCCAGUGCUCCGAAUAUCUGUCCCCUCAGUCUUCAUUAUUUCCCAACAGACCCCGCCCAAGCUUGUCAAGGUUGAAUAACAGCAUUGUGUACCGCAAGGUUUCUGUUUUUCAGUUAUUCUUUGAGCAGAGUGAGAAGUGAUCAUUUCAAUGAAAUGGAGCAUGUUGUGUUGCUGCUGGUUCUUGUUGCUCCCGUGGUUUACUGCUAUAGUUCAGGUCUAGUUAUGGAUAGCUGUAAAGACAUGCGACCACACCACUCUGGAGUGAGCCCGCAGACAGAUCCUGCACCCUUUAAUGUCACUACAGACAACAACAAGUACACACUUGGAGAGGUGGUGACAGUGACGCUCCAGGCUACAGCCUCGAUACCAUUCAUUGGUUUCCUGUUACAAGCGAGAGAGGUGGGGGGCUGGUCUCCUGUGGGCUCCUUCAUCCUGACAGAUGAGUCUACUCAACAACUCACCUGCAACCAGAAACUGAACUCAGCUUUAUCCCACAAAUCAGAGUCGGUUAAGACCUCCAUUCAGGUGAAGUGGAAACCAGAAGUGUCAGCUUCUGUGAAACCCGUUCAGUUCCAGGCUGCCAUCGUGCAGAAUUACAGGACAUUCUGGGUUGAUGUUAAAAGUCCUGCCCUGACCUUCAGAAAAGACUCUACUGGUGGAUCUACAAGCACCCCACAAAAAAACAGUCCUACCACUACAACAGCACUAGCAAUGACAGCUGCAGUAAAUCAGCCUGCACCACCUGCUAAAAAUAUCUCCAGCAAAGACUGUGGUGUGACCAAGGUGUGUUUCAGUCAACCUUCAAACUGUGACCCCACAGUCACCGCUGACUGUUAUUUCAUGUCAGCCAGAGCGUUGUCUCCCAGUGACGUAGCCGUACACUACGAGAUAACAGGACCCUCUGAUGGAUACAUCGCCAUUGGAUUCUCAGACGACAGGAUGAUGGGAAAUGAUGACAUAUAUAUCUGUGUCAUAGGAAGCAAUGGCCUCGUGCAGUUGCAGCAUGCUUUUUCAACAGGAAGAAAAGCUCCUCAAAUUGUUCCUCUGGGGAAUGUUUCUGAUGUGAGCGCGUCAGUACAAGGCAGAGUUAUCAGCUGCUCCUUUACCUCCAUGAACAUCUUGUCUACUCUGAGGACCACUGGCUCCAACAAAACCUACCAUAUCCUGUUCGCCCAUGGACCCAGCAACAACGGACAAAUCAAGUUCCAUAAAGCUACCUUCAGCAGCACUGACAAGAUAGACAUUUAUAGACCUCAGCUUGUCAGCAAAGGUGGAUUGCCUAAUUUCAUCAAAGCACACGGAGCACUGAUGCUGAUAGCUUGGAUGACCAUGGGAUCCGUAGGAAUGAUGGUAGCCCGAUAUCGGCAUGGAUAUGCUAAAGGAAAGAAGCUGUGGGGAAAAGAUAUCUGGUUUGUGGUCCAUGUUGCUGUGAUGAGUCUGACAGUAGCAACCACAGUCAUCGCCUUUAUCCUUCCCUUCUCGUUUAUAAAGGCCUGGUCUGGGGGGGCUCAUCCUGUGUUAGGCUGCCUGGUUAUGAUCCUUUCAUUCGUUCAAAUCACACUGGCUCUGCUUCGCUGCGGACCUGGACAUCCAAAGAGGUUUCUGUUUAACUGGACUCAUGCUUUGAACGGACUGGGAAUAAGAGCUUUAUCUGUGGCAGGAGUAUUUACGGGCUUGAAGUUGAUUGACAGCUCUCUGGACCAGUGGCUGAUGAAAGUGAUGGGUGGUUUUGUCGGCUGGGAAGUUUUGUUCUUCAUCCUGUUGUUUGUCAAUUUUAAAUGGAAGGUUCCCAGAAAAGAUACUUCAGAGUCAAAGAAGAUAACACCCGAUGUUCUCCUGACGGUUCUGUUCUUCUUUGGAAACUUGUCCUUUCUGGUGGCUUUACUUGUUGGAAUUGGGAGGUCAUAAGAAGAACCACAAUGAAGCCAAAUCAACCCUCAGAGGAUAUCUAUCAACAUGAAUCAAACAUUAGCCAGCUUGAUGGACAGUUUUCUAUUGUUGAGAGUUUUUCUAUUUUCAAAUAAAAUGCUGGAAUUUAU